AUGGCGCGCAAUGCGAGAACACCACCAGGUCCAACCCCGACCCCUGCUCCCACAAUUGCUCAGUGCCAUUCAAUUCCUUCUAUCCGGAUCGAGAGGUCCAAGGAUGAGCAUGGAAUCGCAGAAGAAAUAGUUUCUGCGCCGAAACCCACUCCACCUCCCAGAAGUCUCACUUAUGGCAACAACUUGGCCCCGACGACUUCUCGUGUUCUUAGACAGCCCCGUCAAACUUCUCUGCGUUCACGUAAGUCUCCGAACACAUGGUUUCAACUAUUCAAUUUGCACACACAAAAAAAAUUUGAGCUUGAUUCAUUAUCGCAAGUUCCGCUAUUGUUUCAAAGCGCUUGAAAACAGCUGCUCCGAUCCGUUUCAUCAAAUUCUCGCCCAAAUAUUUGUGUGAGCCAAAAGCCAACCGAUAUUCUUUCCGUGUGAUUGGUGAUAGAUAUCUUUUCUCUCUUCUGAUUGUACUCUCUUAUCGGACCACGGCGCAAAAGUAUGAAUUGGCGUUGCGUUUAAAACAAACAUAAGACUCUGCCAAUCGACAUUUGGUCCUUGUCGUGGAUGAUGGAUCAUCUUCUUGUACAUGCUCCCGUGUCAUCCAUCGGUCGAUUAGCGGUUAGCACUUAACAAGUGGAAACUCAUUGGAUUAUAGGAAACAAGUGGUGGUGGGAGAAGAAUAGAGAAGUGAUUGAGUCAAGUGGUUUGGGACAUAAUUGUGACGAUGAGAGAUUAAUGAGCAAAACCGUUCCGACCCGUUCUUUUUUGUUUCUAAAAGGCUUUGUACUUGCUUCCCAACGAGUGAUUCCUCGGAGAAGAACAAGAAGUUUCAACGGACGGCUGUUAGUAGAAGUCAAAGUGACAAUUGAGUUGUUCGAAUUUAGGAGCCGUGUCAACACGAAAAGAGUCCUUUUUGUGUUGCGAACGUAUUCUAUCGUCACCCGAGCUCUUCUCACACGCCAAAUCGCAUUGACACCAUGAAAGAAAACUUUGGAUCAACUGUUGUUUUCGGCACUCACACAAAGGCUUGAAGAAGCAAGAAGGCGCCCCUUCGCUGCUCAAAAUUGUCUGUUCUUCGAGUAAUAAAGGGCGUUUUCGUUUUCGUGUUCGUUCCUAUUCACAAUAGCUUUUUGCUUAUUCUGUCAAGAAAGAUAGACGAAGAAGUAAGAAAUAGGAAUCCGGAAGAUGCGUGACGAAAACGACAUAAAGCGUUCGAUGAGCGUGCCGAAGCUGUUGAUGAGGAAAAACUAUAAUAUUCGCUCAAUUCCGGGGAUCGUCGUCCUUAAAGGUAACACUCCGUUGUUUCGCCGCUAAGUUUGUUUGGAAACUGAGAAACUUGAACACAUUAUUUUGCUUGCCUCCAAACAUCUCACUUUCCUUUGAUCUUUUUGAACAACCACCAGUGCUUUGUCACUUGUUCUUCUCGUUUCUUCCAGGUAACCUGAUAUCUUCCGGUUUCUCUCUUUUGCUGGGAGGUCUUCCAUUAUCCAAUUGUCAUACUCACCCCCUUUUAUUUAUGAGAGGAAAUGUGUGAAAUAUGAAAAUGGCUGCAUGCACACUCUACCACCGCAUUUCGUUCUGGCAGAGCUCAAUUUCCUAUACACCUUCCCGUCCAAUUGUUUUGGCAUCACACCUCGAUCUCUUCCGCAAUCAUAAUCACUCAUUUUCGAAGCUCUCAUGUGUAAACUCUUAUCAACAAAAAGGCUCCCGAAUGAUAAAUGGAUUCGCCUGUUUUUAUUUGCUCUCACCUUCCCUUCCCUUCCUUUAUUACACUCGUGAUCCUCGUCGAGGUAUUCAGCGACCACAUAAAUAUCGGUUAUCAGACGUGCUAUCAGGGCGUUAAAAGUACUGCCUGAUUGAGAGUCACCUGUCCAGGAACGUCUCGUGCGCGGCGAAAGCAAGCGCGAGCAGUAGGAGGCGUCUCAAUGGCCGGGUGAUUUAUUCGUCUUGCAACCGAGAUGAGGCAUCCUCAAAAACAACACAUAUGCAAAUCCAUCCCCAAAACAACCUCAAAAAUUGAAAAUCUGAGCUCUUGAAUAUUCAAGUGUUCUGAUAACUCUGACACGCCAUACCAGAAUACAUUAUCCGAGUGUGUGGCGGUCGACUUGAGCCCAUUCAUUUUUUCCGCGUUUUCUGUUAUUCACACCUCCCCGCAAUCCUGUGUCUCAUGAAUUUCGAACCGUAUUCUGUCGUUCUUGAAUCGGACAAUCCCGACAGUCCCAUCAUCAAAAUUCCGCAUUGUAAGUGAAUCAAAAUUCUCAGACAAAGUUCUCAGUUCUCAAAAAGUUGACAUUUCUCAAAUGUAGGAAAAGAGAUUCAAUUGUCGACCGUGUCCGUUUUUUCGCGCGCACAAUCUUUCCGUUCUGCUGCUACUUUUUCUUUGACUCGUCUCACGAAAAAGUCAUGCAGCCCGACACUGAAAUCAUCUAUUUCCGAAAUAGAUUCUAUACUCGCUUGUUUCCAGAUGCAAACGGAAAUGGAAAUGGUCAUGGAAAUGGCGUAAUGAAAACUCCGCAGAGAGAGACUGUCGUGAGUCUGGGAUUCACUGAAGAGCCCAUUCCACCCGGUCAUUACUGCUGCAAUUCUUGUCAUAUGCAGGUAUUUAUUGUGUUCUCUUUUCCAGACGAAUUUCAUUCAAAAUUGGUUUUCUUGUGCAAAUCAGCUCUCGUAGUCUUUGUUGUUUUGUUCUUCUUUGCUUUCAUUUCAUUUCCUAAUAUAUUUUCAGAAAGCCUGCCGAGUAGUUGGAAUCUUUGCUUGUAUAGGAUUCGUCAUCAAUAUCAUUCUAUACUUUCUAGGAAUCUCCAAACUCGGCCUCAAUGGUAUUGUUUUUACAUAACCUAAUCCUUACUGUUAUUUCUUGAUUUUCAGGCUAUUUCGAGGCGUUCUUACUCAUUUUCGAUUGCAUUUCUCUUAUAACUUUGCUUUGUGGUGUUUCAAAGCAACGCUCAGGCCUUCUGAAGCCUUAUUUGUUCUACAACGUAUGUUUUCGUUUUGUUUUGUGGGGACCUGUAAUUACGCUGAGAAAUAUUCGUUUUUGCAGGCGGUUUGGAAUUUUGGGAUGAUAAUCUUGUUCCUGGUCUUCGUGUACCACAUGUUCAAAGGAACCAGUGACAUAUCGAGGUUCGGAGUUGCAUAACAUUAACUUUUCGAGUAAUUUAAUUGCAGAAACAUCCUCGACAAUCUGAAAUCACUGCGCCAAAACCCUGACGAAUAUCACUUCCGAUCCAGAGAAGGCUCGACUAGUAAGAUGCCUACUGAAGAUAGAAAUCUCUUCUCAUCCUCAUCUAAAUUUCAGCCGCAAUCCUUGCGACACUCGGGGUGAUGGCUGCCAUGGCUCUCGUGAUCGUCAUCAACUGCAUAUUCUUGCAUGUCGUCUACCGCACUUUUCAGUUUUUUGCGUACCAGGAAGAUAAGAAACGGGAAGAGAUGGACAAGAAAGAACGACUUUAA